CAACAACAUGGCGGAACGUGUUAGCUGCGCGGACAGCUCCUUUUGCGGCUGUUGUCCUUAGUCGAAUAAUUAAAUUAGUUCGCAAAUAAUAAAACACGCAUUGGGUUAACGUCUAUAUGGUCUGGACAUAUGUUUUGUUACGUAUUUACGAUGCGUGAAUCAUUUUGCAAAGAGGAAAAUGCGAGCCAGCUGCUAACGUUAGCCGGAAUAUCUGCAUAGGAAGAAUCAUCCACUAACUGACUAACUAACUAAUCCCCUGGGUAAUCCAGUUGGUGACGACGAAUCUAUGUCGACGAUUAAAUCUUGUAAAUAUGUUUGUUUCGUUAAAGGAAAAUAUUUGCGUGGAGGCAUAAAACAAAAAGCUACACUGGAGUAUUAAACAACACCAACGCUAAAUAAAAACACAUGGUACGAUAAAUUAUUCAAAGGGAAUUUAAAAGAUUAUUCCGAAAAGCAAAAUGGAGUUGAACUUAAACCAUGUUGAUUAUAUCCAGGUUGGAGUGACAUCUCAAAAAACUAUGAAACUUCUCCCUACUGUUGGACGAAAAGCAACACAAAAGGUGGCUGUUGCAGAUCAUGAUGGUGUUGUGACCUGCUUUGGUAUGAAAAAAGGCGAAGCCGUGCCUGUGUUCAAAUCGCUCCCAGGACAGAAGAUCUCCAGACUUGAGCUUGGAGGAGCCUUGGGGACGGCACAGGAGAAGAUCUUUGUGUGCUCUGGUUCAGAAGUGAGAGGAUAUACUAAAAAGGGCAAACAGUUCCUUACGUUCGAGGCCAACUUAACAGAAAGCAUUAAUGCCAUGCAUGUUUCGGGGUCAGAUCUGUUUGUGUGUGCCAGUUACAUUUAUAACCAUUACUGUGACUGCAAGGACCAGGACUACUACCUAUCAGGGGACAAGAUCAAUGACGUCCUCAGUUUACCUGUGGAGACUGUGGGCCGUAUUGUGCCCAUCCUAGCCUGCCAGGACAGGGUGCUACGAGUAUUGCAGAGAUCUGAUCUUUUGUACGAUGUAGAAGUUUCUGGGCCUCCAACUGUUCUUGAGCUUCACAACAGAGAUGGAGGAAAGGAUGGUGAAGAGGUUCUGUAUGGAACAGCUGAUGGGAAACUGGGUCUUUUGCAAAUAACCAAAUCUGGAGCCUUGACUAGUUGGGAACUGGAUAAUGAGAAGAAAAAAGGAGGAGUGCUGUGUAUAGAUACCUUUGACAUUGUUGGUGAUGGUGUGAAGGACAUACUGGUAGGAAGGGAUGAUGGGACUGUGGAGGUCUAUGGGUUGGACAGCUCAAAUGAACCAACAUUACGCUUUGAGAAUGUUUUGUCUGAGAGUGUUACAUCAAUUCAAGGAGGCUGUGUCGGAAAGGAAAUGCAUGAUGAAGUUCUGACAACAACUUACACAGGAUGGGUGUCAGGUCUCACCACAGAGCCCCAGCAGAUGGUAGCAGGCCCGGGGGAUGAGAUCAAGAUGAGCCGAGAGACCCAGGGGAAGGUGGCCGCACUCAGGGCUGAGUUGGAGCAGUUGCAGGUGAAAGUAUUGCAGGGAAGAGAAAAAUAUCAGCAAAGCUCUCAGUCCAGCACAGCUGUGUCUGCUGUGCCCGUCUUCAGCAUCAAUGACAAGUUCACAUUGUGCCAGGAUGAUGCUAGUUACAGCCUCACGCUAGAGGUGCAGACUGCCAUUGACAACCUGCUGCUACAGAGUGAUGUUCCCAUUGACCUGCUGGAUGUUGAUAAGAAUUCAGCUGUGGUUAGUUUCAGUGAAUGUGAUUCAGAGUCAAAUGGGAACUUUCUCCUCGCCACCUACAGAUGCCAAGCAAAUACCACAAGGCUGGAACUAAAGGUGAGGUCUAUUGAGGGUCAGUAUGGAACCCUGCAAGCUUAUGUGACGCCAAGACUUCAGCCCAAAACCUGCCAAGUUCGACAGUACCAGAUCAAACCUCUCUCCCUCCACCAGAGAACACACACAAUUGACCAAGAUCGGCCUAUGAACACCUUAAGACUGAUUGGGCAGUUCAGUUUUGCAGAGAUCCAUUCCUGGGUUGUGUUCUGUCUGCCUGAGGUCCCCGAAAAAACCCCAGCAGGAGAAAGCAUCACCUUUUAUUUUCAGAACACUUUCUUGGGGACACAGCUUGAAGCCACUUAUCGUAAAGGUGAUGCAAACUUCAAAUCAGACAACAUUUCUACCAUAUCCAUUUUAAAGGAUGUCUUGUCCAAGGAAGCGACUAAGCGAAAAAUCAAUCUGAAUAUUUCCUACGAGGUGAAUGAAGACUCUGUGAGCCAUACUCUUAAGAUGAUUCAUCCCAAGCUGGAGUAUCAGCUGAUUUUGGCCAAAAAGGUUCAGCUCAUUGAUGCAUUGAAGGAGCUGCAAGUGCAAGAGGGAAAUGCAGAUUUUCUGAUUCCAGAGUAUCGCAGUAUACUGGAUGAGUCUGAUAAGCUCUUAGAAGAAUAUAAGAAACAACCAGCUCAUUUAGAAAGACUGUAUGGUAUGAUCACUGAUCUAUUCAUCGACAAGUUCAAAUUUAAAGGACAGAAUGUCAAAACAAAAGUUUCACAGCUGCUUACAAUUUUGAACAAUUACGAACUUGAUUCAUUAAUGGAAUUUUUCAAUGAAGCUUAAUUUUGUUCAGUUCACAUAACUGUUUAAAGGGAUAGUUCACCUUAAAAUGAAAUUGAUGUCAUCAUUUACUCAUCCUCGUGUUGUUCUAAACCUGUAUGAAUUUCUUUUUUCUGAUGAACACUAAAGAAGAUAUUUUGAGAAAUGAUUGUAAACACACAGCAGAUAGUGACCAUUGACUUCCAUAGUAUGAAUAAAAAAUAUGAUGGAAUUUAAUGGGUACUGUCAACUGUGGGCUUACCAUCAUUUAUCAAAAUAUUUUCUUCAUCAUUUAUCACAAUACUUCCAAAAUAUUUUUUUCUACUAUGGAAGUCAGUUGUCACUAUCAGCUGUGUGCUUACAAUCAUUUAUCAAAAUAUCUUCUUUUGUGUUUAUCAGAAAAAAAGAAAUUCAUACAGGUUUAGAACAACAUGAAGAUGAGUAAAUGAUGACAGGAUUUUCAUUUUAAGGUGAACUAUCCCUUUAAGAUAGUUUAUGUGUUUUGUGAACUUUGCAAUGAAGCAUAAUAAAACAGUAUAGUAUAGGGAUCAGGGGCCGGAUUCACGAAAA